AUGGUGGAUUUAUCAAGGGCUAAAGUCGCCAGUCAGAGCUCAAUUUACCCUUGUCUAUAUGAUGCCUGUAGCAAAUUUUAUAUAGCAUCAAAUGCAGUUGAUAGAGACUUGUCAACAUGUACAAGAAAUAAAGAAAUAGGAAUUCUUUCAAGCACGCACACGGUAUGGUGGAGAGUAGAUCUUGGAAAAAUUUACAGCAUUUACAGCAUCAAUGUCCUGUUUAAGAACUACGACGGUUAUGAAAUGCGACAAAGAGGCCGUUUUGCGGGGUUUUCUCUUUAUUUAUCGAAUUCUAGUCUCAGAAUGAUUGACUUCCUCUGUUACGAGGAUGGGAAAGAAUUGCCACCAUUAAACUUUACAACGCCAUGUGUCGGAUACGGACGAUACGUAACAUUUUACAAUCAACGAUUGCAUGAAAUCAAAUAUCCUGACGGAUACGAAAGUACAACAAUCACUGAAUUGUGCGAAGUUAUAGUAAAUGGCUGUAGUGAAGCUGGUGUAUAUGGAGAAAACUGUAAUGUAGCAUGUCCGAAGAACUGUCAAGAACAGAGAUGUGACAUCGUCAAUGGAACUUGUCUUGGGUGUUUACCAGGGUGGAGUGGGCGAUUUUGUGAAAACAUUUGCCAAGGUGGAUGGUAUGGUCUUGAAUGCAAAUUAAGGUGCUUUGGACACUGCAGAAACAAUGCUUUUUGCAACCACGUGACUGGUCAAUGUGACAAUGGAUGUGCUGAGGGAUGGAAAGGAAUAUAUUCAGAGUGUAAAGAUGGAUAUUAUGGCUUGGAUUGUAAAUUCAAAUGCAGUAGUCACUGUCAGAAUAACGGUCCCUGUAACAAAAAAACUGGACACUGUGACGAAGGUUGUGAAGUAGGAUACACUAAUCUCUUAUGUAACAGCGUGUGUAAAGGAGGAUAUUAUGGUAGAAAUUGUUCUCAUAAAUGCUCUCCAAAAUGCAUCGACACCUGUCAACACACUGACGGCUCUUGUACUUGUUCCUAUGGUUGGAUGGGCAUUAACUGUAAUCAAGAUUCUACAGAUCCUGUUCUUCCGAUUCCUUUGAUCUGGUUUCUAGGACUCCUCCUGUCAGUGGUUCUGAAUCUAUGUUUUGUACUCAUAGCAGGUUUUAAAAACUUCAGGUAA